AUGGCUUACCACGGGGCGGCGCGCGCCGGGCACCUCCACAUCCUUCGGUGGCUGAGGAUGCCGCGGGAGGGUCCGGACGGUGCGACGUUCAUGUGCCCGUGGGACGAAGACGUGACCAAGUGGGCGGUUGUCGGGGGCCACCUGGACGUGCUCAAGUGGGCCUUGGCGAACGGGUGCCGGAUGAAGCACGACCUCGUGGCGGAGGCGGCCGUGGCAGGCCACGUCCACGUGACGAGGUGGCUGCUGAGGGGCUCGGAGGAGGAGUCGGAGAAGAAGCUGAGCUCGUGAGCCACCCGCCGGCGGAGAGGGCGUAAGCGACGACUCGAAGGAAGACGCCGUAUGUGCAACACCCCGAGAGCAGAUCGAACCACCUGAGAACGAUGCGUUUUGCCCGAGGUGAUGCACCGCAACAACGGCUUUCUAUGUGUGUCGGGGUUCAAGAACGAAGCUGCUUCGGUUGUGCCCCACGGCAGUAUCGCUCCCCAAAUGUGAACCUAGCGGCCGUCGUCCCUUGUCAACGCUGUGGCUCUCGGUUCUCCGUUCUUUUUUUGCCAAAAACGGUGUGUCGAGAAAGAAGCUCACAGCGACAUCCGUCGACGGUUAUCUAUCGGGCUGGUGGCCGGUGUGGGGGUGAAAUUUCUGGCACGUGCAGACUAUUCAGGAUGUGUUGUGCUUUUGGGUGGGUGCCCACUAUGGCGGGGUGAGUGGGCCUGGCACGUACCCGCCUUACCGAGGGGGGGGGGGGUAAGACAGGGAGAGGAAUACAUAAUUGCAGGAGGGUCCACCACUUCGUGAAGUACCUAAGGAGACAAACGCUUCAGGCUAGAAAAAAUAGACACAUUCAAGAAGUUGUUGCUAUUGCAAGGAUCCUAUAAUAGCACAACCCUGCAUAGUAGAUGUGUUGGCCUACCUCACUAAGGGAAAAAAUAGACAAACGGACUUGGGGCAAAAUGAGAGAAUAUGGCGGGGUGGCGCAUUCUGUAACAUUUGGCGGUGAUAAGGUGAGAGCCGUAUCACAGGCCUCAUUGGAGACUGUGCUGUAGGUGUUCGACUAUUGUCGUUUGCAAUGUUGAUUGUAUCAUGGAGUGCGUUGAAGCGUGCGAGUGCGCGGAGGCCAGGGUUGAAACGACGGAAAAGCUCGACAAAAGGGCGGGACAAGCUCACUUAAUGACGAGGCCGGUUCCUUGUGCCGUUGUUUGUUCCAGGGUCGGGUCAAGUCUCCCGCGAAUAUCUCCCUACAUCAGGUGUCCUGUUAGGCUUGCGUCUGACCACGGUUGACACGAAAAGCUACACAUGUUCCUGGAGAUGGAGAUAGGGGAGAGCGCAGAUGCGGGUGAUGGAAAAAUAAAUGUUGUGUCGCGUUCUCGAUUUGGUGCUGCUUGACUACCCCCCCCUGUCUGUGUGUUGAUUGAUCGAUCUCGCGAGGGCCGACAAAACAUCGAUCGCAGGACCGGCAGCGGAGAGGAAGGAGGCCGGGCGCACGCGUGCAUUGUGACGUACGGGUGCAUGCUCGCGUGUGUCAUACCCGUGCGUUAACAAGUCUGCCUUGGUGUGGAGUGUGCGUGCAAUGCUUGUUUGCCUUUGGGCGGGGUGGAGCGGAGCGUGUGCAUCUUGACAAUGAAUGAAGGCGUUUCUGUGGGCUGACUGUUCGCGUUUGCGUGGGUGAUUUUUUUGCGUGUCUGCUGCGCUCUUUUCGUUUGAGAGGGGGAGCUGGUUUGCCUUGAGCGUUUGCGCGCGUGCGUUGUUCGAGAAGGUGCUGUAAAAUAUGUGCUGAUGCACCCGGUCUCGCGAUCACGCAUCAUUGUAGAUCUGAGAAUUGUGCGUUUCGAUGGGAAUGCCGGGGGAGGGGCGCCUCGAUUUUGUGUCGACCCAAACCUAACUAACACCUUACCCGAACACCUGGAGAGGGGAGCCGAAGAACCGAUCUUGGUGCCGGACGAAGCCUUUGCAGGCACCGACG